GCUUAGCGGACCGAUCAGAGCCCCUGGCGGCGGGUCUUAAGGAGCUCCACGUGGAAAAAGGAAGUGGAUCGCCUUCCAAUCGAAGGGCAUGCACAGAGGCGUCAUGUACACUACGCGAAGCGGACGUGCGCUGCGCUACGCAGUUCUUUUCGCGGCGUUGCUUACGCGUAUCUUCUGCGUCCAGGCACCUCUAGAGCCCAGCACUGCAGAUCGGCGGCCGCUGGACUGGCGCGUCUUGUCCGCGCUGGAAGGUGCAGUGGACGCGCUCGCGGCCAACAUGGACGCUGUGUACUUGGACGCCGCGCUGGGACUGCGCGUCGCUGACGAUCGCCUGCAGAAGCUUAUUGACCAGGCAAGUGACAGCGAGAACAACAUAACUUCCAAACCAACAGAAAGAGUGCACGUGACGAUUGAAGACAUUCGGGCCGUCCAGCACAAAACGUCAACUCUCGUGGACAUCGCCACUGCGCGUGUCGUCGGAAGACAGGAAGCCAGCAUACGCCAGACACUGGCACGUGGUCUGCUGCUCAAGGGUCUCUGGAAAGAUCCCACCGAUCGCCGCCGAUGCGUUUCGAGCGCGGACCUCGGACGACGAGCCCGAGCUGGCAGCGCCCGACGUGAUCGAGUGGGUGUCUGACGGCUGCCUGCAGCAACUCUUUGCCAGCCGCAACUGCUCCCAACUGAACGACAGCUGUUGGGUGGCCAUGACGGGCGGGCACCAGCACGGCUACGCCCUCACGCACCAAGCGAUCUUCCUCACCGUCGGAAUUCGGCUUAACUGCACGGCCAAGCUGAACGACCUGGCAAGACGACACGGACAGCCGCCUGCUGACUGGAACCUGGCAUCCAAGUGCGAGCGUGUCGCUGACAACGCGCAGCUCAUAGUUGAUGAGAACUUCCCGCUACGUCUGAGGGACCUGUUCAUGGAGCAAGUCGCUGUGUGCGGUUUCAUGGACCUGCCAGUGUUCAGGGAUCCAUCAGCUAUGGAAGACGUGCUGUCCUGGCAGAGGGAUGAUGGCUGCUACGUCAUCGAAAACGAGCCUGCUGCGAGUUCGCUUCCGCAGAGGAUCAGAAGAGAAGAACGCAAGGGCAAAGACCAAUGUUCCCUGCACAUGACGAGCGUUGCUGCCGGAGCGCUUGCAACUUACCUGCAGAUACUGCAUCAGAAACGGCUUGCCAAUCAGACAUCUCAGAUGUGAACAGUUGAAGGCGUCCUCGAAAAAGAACUGAAUUCAAGUGCAAGCGGCGGUGUAAAAUCUUACAGGAAAUAAAACAUAAAACGGGUACCCGGACUUUCGGCCACA